GCCACGAUGAAGCGAGGCAAUGUAUCUCUUUUUUCCAUCGUUGUGCCAUGCAUAUAUCCAGACGAGAAAAAAUAUAACUUCACCAAGAUAAACAGAUUUUACCAGUAUUUCUGUUUUCAAAAUGUUGAAUUUCGAUGAGUUUCGUUUCAACAGCAAAGUGUCACACAUCGCCUUUUUUCGUUGAUCCGGUUAUACAUAUUUCACAUUGCGACCUUUAUUUGUGCUGAGUGUGUACGCUCAUUGUUUUAUUUAGUUGAAAUUCACAUUGCGAUUUGUUGUUUCAGUUUUAAUUGAUGGAUUUUAAAAAAACAUGCCCAAAAAAAGAGAAUUUCCAAAAAGAACCAGAUUUUUUUUUUAACUGUGACUAAUGUUUGCAAAUGAGUUUAAUCAACAUUCUGAGAAAUGAAAAUAAAUUAGAACCAUUCCGGAACGAAAGUGAUUAUACAACGUAAACAAGAAUAAGUUGGAAUAAAGUAGCAAAUCAAAUUACAAUAUAUAUAUUUAAAAUGAUUAAAGAGAAUUACGGCAGUGACUCUAGUGGUAAUAUUUCAACAAAUAAUUUCAAGACUUACAUGGAUUCAUUGGCAGUGACAGAAGGCGAGGAUUCCAGCUAUGAUUCAGAGUGCGAUGUAGACAGUAAUCAUGAGCAAGUGUCGCGAACGACAAGCGAUACGCUUGGCCAAGAAUUUGCCGAAUAUGUUAGUCAACCACAACAAACAGUCACAAAGAAAAUUGAUCCAUCGCCGAGUUAUACGCAACGCGUUGAAUUUGCACUGAAAUUAGGAUACACAGAGAAAUUAGUACAGGCAGCAUUAGCUCGACUUGUGGAUCCAGCACAAAAUGAACUAUUAGCCGAAUUGAUAAAAUUAGGCGCACAACAAGGCAACAAAUCGGAUUUGUGCGAUUCACAAAAUGCUCCGCUCAACGGAACCGAAGCAGCCGGAAAUAGCUGUAAUGCAAUCAACUCGAGCAAUGGAAAAAAUGAAAUCAUCACCACACAAACUGGCUUACGACCCAUUGUUAUCGAUGGCAGUAAUGUUGCAUACUGUCACGGGAACAAAGAAGUAUUUUCAUGUCUUGGAAUACGCCUGUGUGUCGACUGGUUUUUAAAUCGUGGACAUAAAGAAAUUACAGUGUUUGUUCCGAAAUUUCGAAAAGAAAAUCCACGGCCCGAUAAUCCAAUCAAAGACCAAGAACUACUUUUCGAACUGGAAAAAGAACGAAUGCUCGUCUAUACGCCGUCACGUUUUGUUGGAGGCAAACGUACCGUAUGCUACGAUGAUCGAUAUAUUUUAAAGUUGGCGGCAGAAAGUGAUGGUGUUGUCGUGUCGAAUGACAACUACCGUGAUUUGGCAAAUGAAAAUUUGGAAUAUAAAAAAGUUGUUGAUGAACGUCUUUUGAUGUAUUCAUUUGUGGCCGAUCGAUUCAUGCCACCGGAUGAUCCGCUGGGCAGAUCUGGUCCCACUUUAAACAAUUUUCUUCGCAUGCAACCGAAAAAAAGUGACCCACAGCCACAGUGUCCGUAUGGUAAAAAAUGUACGUAUGGAAAUAAAUGUAAAUUUUAUCAUCCAGAACGUGGAUUUGGACCACAUAAAUCAGUGACCGAACGUUUAUCAGAGCAUGCUGCACGUCACUUGUCAGCCCGCAAUUCUGAUGGCAGUUCGAAAACGGUGUGCGGUAAAUCGCUUAGUGUACCAUUAAGCACCAAUACAUCAGAAAUGAAUGAUCGUCGGAAACCAUUAGCAAGAACUCGAUCUUGUGUACAUGAUGGUUGUAAUCUAUCAAAUUGUCAAGAAUCGACGCACAAACAACGCAUACCAAAUCCGAAUAAAACAUCAUUUGGCAAUACGUUGGGUGCGGACAAUGAACACAUUGAUAUUGUGACUGCAUUUUCAGAAUCAUGUAAAUUAGAGAAUUUAGCACCCGAACUGCAUUCCAACCAAGUGCAACAUCAAUCUAUUGGUAAUUCACAUCAUAGUCUAUAUGGAGUUGGACCGUCAACAACAAUUCAUACAUCACAAUCACCGCAAUCGCAAUCCAUUCGACCCAUUUUACACUAUAGCACACAUGGCAAUGUUUUAUCAUCGUCCACUUCAACCGGUUCGAAUCAAUCGACGAUGCAUGAUAAACGAAACGAUGGCAAUAUGCAUCAAAAAUUACAACGACAACUAUCACUCAAUCCAAACGCUUACGAUCCACGAUUACUUCGAAUGCAUAAUGCCAUACAAGCGAAACAUUCACAUCCAGAAUCACAUAUGCAACAAGAACCGACACAAUUAAUGCAACACACUGGACAUCGCCAAUUGGCUCCAUCACGCAGCGGUCCCCGAACGCAUAUAACAAACCAUUGGGAUUUGCAUCAGAAUGUAACUCGAAUCGCAUCAGCGCCAGAUUCUUCACGAACCUCGAACCCCUGGCAAAACAAUGGUCAAACACAAAUUCCACCGGGCGACAUUUUGUCAUGGUCACAAAAUUCAAUGACUGUGCCGUCACCAGCGCAAACAACACAACCACCACCGAAUGCAACUCAAGCAAAUCGACUACACAUACAAUAUCAUUUAUCGAGUAUCUUUCCAGAAGAGCAAGUGUGUUGCGUUAUGAAUAUGUAUCCAACCGAAACAAAUCCACAAAAUAUUUGCGCCGCAAUUUUGGCCAUGUUUCCACGAAACUAAAAGAAGCAAUGAAAAAUGUCUAAAACCAUGUGUAUCUUCUAUUCUUAUUGAAGAGAACAUCGAAUUUUCAUCCUCUCCGCACAUUCCAUUCCGAGUGUAUUUUCGCAUAGACACAUGAAAGUAUUUUUUUUUAUCGAUGUAAUUGUCAUUCAUGUCUUCCAUUUCCAUUCCGUUUUAUGUCAAGAAUUGGAAACAAUUUCGAUUGAUAUUGAUUAAGUAUUUGAUGUACACUGGUUGCCCGAAAUGUUUCAACCUAUAUGUUAUUGAAUACAAAAUGAAUUUUAUCGUUUCACAAAACAAAGCAAAAAAAAAACAAAUCCUAUAAACGAACCUACAAUUCAUUUGUGUUAAAAUGUUUCCUGUAGCUGGUACUGCAAAUUGUAUUAACUUAUUUGUGAAAAAAUAAUUUAGGUAAUAAGAAACACGCCCAUUACACACAUACACAAAAUAUGGAAAAAAAAUGAAAUUCUAUAAGCGAACAAUUAGAAAUUAGUGUUGUAUUCAAUCGCUCAGAAUCGAUAAGAUUUUUGAGCAAUUGAAGCCCAUUCAUCAAAAUACGCUUUCUCAACUAUAUUUUGACAUAGAAAUUAAGAAAAAAAUUCAAACAUAUUGCAUUUAAUGCAUGAUCAAGUUAACACUUCUUUACCUUGUUUUUUUCGUGUAUGUAUGUAUACAGUAUGUUCAAGUGAGAUUGCUUUGCUGAAUGAAUAACUGAAUGAAUGAAUUAUUAUAUGUAUUAUAUUGUACUGAAUCGACAAAUUAAAAAAGAACAUAAUCC